AUGGGUCACGACGAGGAACCUGAGACUUACCGAUACAACGAGACUCCGGUCUAUACUGCCUCCAAUGGCUGCCCUGUCAUGGAUCCCCAGGCGGCUCAACGUGUUGGAGCCAACGGUCCGCUACUCCUCCAGGAUUUCCACCUGAUUGAUCUGCUAGCACACUUUGACCGUGAACGAAUCCCAGAGCGUGUGGUUCAUGCGAAGGGUGCCGGCGCCUACGGCGAGUUUGAAGUAACUGACGACAUUAGCGAUAUUACCAUUGUCGACAUGCUCAAGGGAGUUGGAAAGAAGACAAAGCUGUUGACCCGUUUCUCGACCGUUGGUGGUGAAAAAGGUUCCCCGGAUAGUGCCCGCGACCCCCGAGGCUUUGCCAUCAAGUUUUACACAGAAGAAGGCAACUGGGACUGGGUGUUCAACAACACUCCAGUCUUCUUCCUGCGUGACCCGGCCAAAUUCCCCAUCUUCAUUCAUACUCAGAAGCGAAACCCUCAGACCAACCUCAAGGAUGCCACCAUGUUCUGGGACUAUCUCUCUACUCACCACGAGGCAGUCCACCAAGUGAUGCACCUAUUCAGUGAUCGGGGUACCCCAUACUCGUAUCGCCACAUGAAUGGCUAUUCUGGCCACACAUAUAAGUGGAUCAAGCCCGACGGCACCUUCAACUAUGUGCAAAUUCACUGCAAAACCGAUCAGGGCAAUAAAACCUUCACCAACGAGGAAGCCACUAAACUCUCCGCCGAGAACCCUGACUGGCACACCCAGGACCUUUUCAACGCCAUUGAGCGAGGCGAGAACCCAUCCUGGACCUGCUACGUACAAGUCCUCAGCCCAGAACAGGCAGAGAAAUUCCGCUGGAGCGUUUUCGAUCUGACGAAGGUGUGGCCGCAGAGUGAGGUGCCGCUCCGUCGUUUCGGCCGCUUCACCCUAAACAAGAACCCGCAGAACUACUUCGCCGAGAUUGAGCAGGCCGCAUUCUCUCCCUCGCAUAUGGUUCCAGGUGCCGAGCCCUCCGCCGACCCUGUCCUACAAUCGCGUCUAUUCUCAUACCCUGACACCCACCGCCAUCGUCUGGGCGGGAACUAUGAACAAAUCCCUGUCAACUGUCCUCUCAAGUCAUUCAACCCUAGCCAUCGCGAUGGGUAUAUGAACGUCCACGGAAACUACGGCGCCAACCCCAAUUACCCAUCCACGUUCCGUCCAUUGGCCUACAAGCCUGUCAAGGCCAGCCAGGAACACGAGAAGUGGACAGGCGCCGUUCUUGCCGAACAAAUCCCCGUUACCAGCGAAGACUACGUGCAGGCUAACGACCUCUGGCAGGUCCUUGGUCGUCAGCCUGGUCAACAGGAGAAUUUUGUGAAGAACAUCUCGGGCCACCUGUGCGGUGCCCAUGAGCGUGUGCGCAAAGCCACUUACCAGAUGUUUACCCUUGUGAACAAGGACCUCGGGGCUCGUAUUGAGACUGCCACUGAAUCUAAUGUGACUCCCUCAGCUCGUCUGUAG